UUUAGAUUUUCUUAUAGGAUUCUUAUUGGUUCUACAUUGAAUUAAAUUAAUUUUAAUUGAAUAAAAUUAAUCAUAAUAUUUAAACACUUAAUCUGACCGGAACAAGGAUUAUCGGCUAGGUACUUGAAUAAGUACCUACCUUUGUACAUCGGACCUUGAAGACCAAUUGACAAAUCACGAAGCAAUUGAUGACAUUUAUAAAUGUCACAAAAAUCCACCAUAGAACCUUCGUGUGUUUAAACAAUUAACGUUACUAAAAUUAAAUAAAUUUAAUACGAAAUGGCUACGCCGGCAGACGUUCGCGCGUUAUUUGAGGCUCGUUUAAGAGAGUCCAACGCGGAUUUUCAUCCAGCCGAUCUUGAACGAGUGAAAGACGACAAAUAUAUCAAGCGAAUUCUUACUCAUCAAGAGAAAGAUGUAAAGGAGUCCGCCGAUAUGCUCUGGGAUAUUUUAACUUGGAGAAAAAGCGUCGGCGCGUCCGAUAUUAAUGAGAGUAACAUACGUUUAGACUAUGUGAAGGAAGGACUUUUUUUCCCACGGGGUCGAGACGUCGAUGGCUGUUUGCUACUGAUUUUUAAGUCAAAAAUGCACGUCAAAGGUCAAAGGGAUUACGAAGAAAUAAAAAAAAUAAUGAUUUAUUGGUUCGAUAGAGUGGAAAGGGAAGAAAAUGGUAAGAAAAUUUCAAUGUUUUUUGAUAUGGAUGGCAGUGGAUUAGGAAAUAUGGAUAUGGAGUUAGUUAAAUAUCUGAUCACACUCUUUAAAUGCUACUAUCCGUAUUUCCUCAACUAUAUAGUAAUUUACAACAUGCCAUGGGUCCUAUCUGCUGCAUUUAAGGUUGUCAAAACAUUAUUGCCAGCAAAAGCUGUGGAAAAAAUGAAAUUUGUCACAAAAGAUACUUUGAAGGACAUAGUAGCGCCAGAACAAGCUUUAACCUGCUGGGGAGGGAAGGAUAACUACGUUUUUGAGUUUAUACCUGAGAAUAGAAGUAACACAGAACACACUCCGAAGAAAGUGACGUUUGCCGAACAAGGUGAUGGGCAACAUUCCCCUGGAGAGAUGUUACGACUCGUUCCAAACGACACUAUAACAUUUAAGUAUGAAAAUGAUGAUAUAUCUGGCCAGUUUACGAUCACCAACAUGGACGAGAGUGCUAUUUCCUUCAAAAUAAGAACUACAUCUCCAGAAAAGUUUAGAGUCCGGCCCAGCUCAGGAACACUUGUCCCAGGAGCGGUCCAAACAGUAAUCAUAGUUGUGCAACCAGGCUUCCAACUCAGAACAGUAACAAAGGACAGGUUCUUGGUAAUGUCAGUACAGAUACCGAAAUCUGAUUUGUCACCAAAAGAACUGGCCGACGUGUGGCAAAACUCUACGAGCAGUAAAGUCGACGAGUAUCGCCUCAAAUGCCACUUUCCGGACAAGGAAUUGCCCAAAAACGGAAAUGUUGUUGAGAAAAUUCCAGAAAAAGAUUCAGUUACCAAUGCACUCAAUAAUUUGCAAGUUAAUUAUGAGUUGUUACAACGGCAACUGCAGAAGCUCAAGGUAUUCCAAUUUCUUACUUUAAUGAUGACAGCAGUCGCUGUUGUUCUUGGCUAUUUGAUAUAUAAAAACACAAGUGAAGAAGGAAGGUAUUAUGCGAAUGUAGCCUUUAAACCUAGUGGUGUUUGAGGCCACUUUGGAGGCUGAGGUGGUACUCAGUCUGUUCUUAGCUGUCAUAUUUACGGUUAAUGUUAUAAUUUAUUUGAUUUAUAUGGAAGUUGUUUGUAAGAUUGAGAGGUUACAUGUGAGAGAAUUGGUAGGGUAGGUGGAUAAGUAAGUCUCUAUAACUAGUUCCUAACGUUUUCAAUAUUGUUACCCCUGUGAUAUAUUAUAAUAUCAACCCUGUAUUAUAUACUGUCCCACUGUUGGGCACGGGCCUCCUCUACUACUGAGAGGGAAUAGGCCUUAGUCCACCACGCUGGCUUA